UGAUCAACCAUUCCCAGUAGAAUGGCAUGAACCUGGGAAAAAACCUGUUGGCGGAUGGGAGGUCUUUGAAGCCAUUGUUAUACAAGUGUCAAGUUCGAUUAAAAAAUUAGAAAAAAUGAUGAAUAUCAUUGACGUAAAGGCGGGCAAAACACAAACUGCUUUGUUACCAAUGGCUAAGCACAUGGUGCCAGGAACAGAGGACGCAAAUGUAUCGAGAAAAAGAAAGAUAAGUGAAACUGAACUUGAUGAUAAAAACGAAUCAUCAGAAAUCUUAAAUGUCGAACUUCUAACAGGGCCAACACUUACUGAUGGAAAAGAAAAAAAUGAAUAUGUGACUAAAGCUGAUUUGAAAGCCUUUGCAGCUGAUAUUAUUCAUUUCUUUAAUAAAAAUGAAUCUUCAAAAAAACCAAAACAUUCAGAGACUACAGAAGAAUCAGUUGAUUGUUUUGAAAAAGCGACAAAAUCUUCUAAUAAAAAAUCACAAAUAAAAAUUCUGACGGCAGGUGAAAAUAAAAUCGAAAUUUCUUAUGAUCAGUGGAAGGAUAGCUUCAUUUGA